CCCACUGUUUGUGAACGGGAGCUCUGUGUAUUUGCUUUCCAAACAUUGGGAGUAAUGAAUGAAGCUGCUGAUGAAAUUGCAACUGGAGCUCAGGUGGUUGAUCUGUUAGUAUCCAUGUGUCGGUCUGCGUUAGAGUCACCUAGGAAAGUUGUCAUUUUUGAGCCAUAUCCUUCUGUAGUUGAUCCUAAUGAUCCUCAGAUGCUGGCCUUUAACCCCAGGAAGAAGAAUUAUGACCGAGUCAUGAAAGCAUUGGAUAGUAUCACUUCUAUUAGAGAGAUGACGCAGGCACCUUACUUGGAAAUAAAGAAGCAGAUGGAUAAACAAGACCCGCUUGCACAUCCUCUUCUACAGUGGGUUAUUUCUAGUAAUAGAUCACAUAUUGUGAAGCUACCAGUGAAUAGGCAACUGAAGUUUAUGCACACUCCCCACCAGUUCCUACUUCUCAGCAGUCCACCAGCCAAAGAAUACAAUUUCCGAGCUGCUAAAAAUCUCUACGGAAGUACCUUUGCGUUUCAUGGUUCACACAUUGAAAACUGGCAUUCCAUUCUGAGGAACGGCUUAGUUAUUGCUUCCAAUACGAGGCUGCAGCUCCACGGUGCAAUGUUUGGAAGUGGAAUCUACCUUAGUCCAUUGUCAAGCAUAUCAUUUGGUUACUCAG